AUGGCCCCGUCGCCUCUAGCCAUGGCCCCUCGCGAUCUGCCGCCCCUAACUGCGGCCCCGGUGCCCUGUUGCAACGUGGUGGGUGAGGGGGUGGCAAGAGGGGGUUCCUCCUGCCCGCGUGCCCUACAAUCGCACGCGCAGCUCCGCCCCCGCCCCCCUCCCCCCCCUCAAUGGGGAUGUGCAGCAGUGGGGGAGGGUAAGGGGGUGGCGGGUGUGGGUGCAACUGCGGGGUGGCGGGUAUGGGGGUGGCGGGUGUGUGAACCGUGGGUGGGGCAGGGGCUGGAGGAAGGAAGGGGGGAAGGGGGUUCAGGUGAGCUCGCGCCUGCCGUGCUAACGGUUGUUGCUGCGACUGUUGGUGUGUUCAUGGCUGUUGCAGCUGCCGGUGUGAUUACUGGCGCUGCUGUGUUUGUGGUCUGUGUCAUCAAGCCUGCAGCUGCUCUCCCCAAACUUGUUGCCGUUGCUGCAGGUGUGGUCACUGCUGUUGUGGCGGUUACGUUCGUGCUCAUGGGUGCUGCUGUGGCUGUCGGUGUCUUCAUCGCCUCUGUGCCCGCCGGUGUGAUUACGGGCGCUGCUGCGGUUGUGGCCUGUGCCGUCAUGCCUGCCGGUGCUGUCCCCAAGCCUGUUGACGCUGCUGCAGCCAUUGGCUCGGCGUAUCCGUCGUGUCCUGAGCUGGCGGAUUGGACAGAGGGAGUUUGCAGGGGGGAGUUCUCUGACGUGGCGUAA